AUGCUUGAUUUGGUGUUAUUUCUUCAAUGCAGAAUUCAAGGAUUAUUUGCUUUUUGAAAGGAGUUUUUGAAGAUAAGGACGGAAUGAAAUAAAAUCGGAGAAAAAUCAAAAGGAGAAAGUUUGGGAAGUAGCGAAGCGUCGUUUCUUGCUGAACUCGAAACACUUAUUGCGGCGAAGCUAAAUCUGAUGCUCUCUUGCUUGAAUUGGAGUUCUGGGUCUAUUGAUUGCUGGAAACCUUUGUUCCCAUCACAAAUCCUUUACCUAGUGCUCAUUUUUAGAAUUUAUUUCUAUUAA